GCCCCAGCUGCCCGGCGGGGGAGGCGGGGCCUCGAGCUGGGAUUGGCUGGACCUCGGGGGCGGGGCGGAGCCGCGGCGACGCGCCGGGAAAGGCUAGGGCUGAGGGGGCCAGGCCGCAGCUGCGAGGCCCGGCACUACCUCGGUCUCGGGUCUGGAGUGGGAGUCGCAGGUGCAGGAGAGGGAGGGGCAAGGGGCGCCUUUCUACUGCACUUUUUUUUGCAUUCAGGAGAUUGCCUAGCUGCAAUCUAGAGAGGUUUGCAUGAGCCUCGAGUCUGCCUGACAAGUGAGGAAAUAAGGCCAAGAAGCGGGAAGGGUUGCCAUCUGCUGGGCCACGCCACCUGCUAAGGGAAGGCCGGAACUAAGGCCUCGGGGGUCUGUGUUCCCAAGCCCGCUCGGUGGGCGUGGGGAGCAAGGGCCCUGCUCCGUUCCCUCGAGACUGCAGAAGGCUCUCUGAGGGGAGGAGCUCAGGACGCUGAGGAGGAGCCAAGUCCGCCGCAGGAGCGGGGACCCGAUCCUCGGGAAUAAAACGCAGAGCCCGGGAGGAACCCCGUCAGCCAGGCGGGCAGAAAGCUCCGGGAGCGGCCUCAUGGAAGACAAGCAGAUCCUGUGCGUGGGGCUAGUGGUGCUGGACAUCAUCAAUGUAGUGGACAAGUACCCGGAGGAGGACACGGACAGCAGGUGCUUGUCCCAGAGAUGGCAGCGUGGAGGCAACGCAUCUAAUUCCUGCACUGUCCUCUCCCUGCUUGGAGCCCCCUGUGCCUUCAUGGGCUCGCUGGCCCCGGGCCAUGUUGCCGACUUCCUGGUGGCCGACUUCAGGCAGCGGGGCGUGGAUGUGUCUCAGGUGGCCUGGCAGGGCAGAGGGGAAACCCCAUGCUCUUGCUGCAUCGUCAACAACUGCAAUGGCUCCCGCACCAUUGUGCUCUACGACACGAACCUGCCAGAUGUGUCUGCUGCGGACUUUGACAAAGUUGAUCUGACCCGGUUCAAGUGGAUCCACAUCGAGGGCCGGAAUGCAUCGGAACAGGUGCAGAUGCUGCAGCGCAUAGAACAGCACAAUGCCAGGCAGCCUCCAGGUCAAAAGAUCCGAGUGUCCGUGGAAGUGGAGAAGCCCCGAGAGGAGCUGUUCCAGCUGUUUGGCUAUGGAGACGUGGUGUUUGUCAGCAAAGAUGUGGCCAGGCACUUGGGGUUCCGGUCAGCAGUGGAGGCCCUGAGGGGCUUGUAUGGUCGUGUGAGGAAAGGGGCUAUGCUAGUCUGCGCCUGGGCUGAGGAGGGCGCUGAUGCCCUGGGCCCUGACGGACAGCUGCUUCACUCGGAUGCUUUUCCUCCACCCCGGGUGGUGGAUACUCUGGGGGCCGGAGACACCUUCAACGCCUCAGUCAUAUUCAGCCUGUCCCAGGGGAAGAGUAUGCAGGAGGCUUUGAGAUUUGGCUGCCAGGUGGCCGGCAAGAAGUGUGGCCUGCAGGGCUUUGAUGGCAUUGUGUGAAUGCCCGAUGAUGGCGGUUGCUGGCUUACACUACCCCCCUCCUUGGAGGCUGGCAUCACCGGCCGCCGUUGCCUUCUCCCCUCCAUCCAGCCUGGCACAUGGGCUGCCCUGCUCCCUGGGCAGAUGCAGACCGAGGGAGGGUUCCGCCUGUGUCCUGUGUCUCUCUCACACUGCUGAGCCACACAGGAAAUAAAUCUGCCCCAAAGCCAGCUUCCUUCUGCCAGUCUGUUUGUCCUUGAUUCCUGAACUGCUCUGGCUGGGGACUCCAGAGGCUUUGAUACUACAGCCCUUCACCCUCUUCUUCUCUAGUCCCCAAAUUAACCUCCUUGCCGAGGCCCAGAGGAGGGGCUGCCUACACCAGAGCAGCAGGGAAGUACCCAGGACUUGCCUCCAGCUGUGCCCUUGGUGGUGGCCCAGCCGGUCUGGUGAGGAGGAGCCACAGGGGCUGGGU